ACAGUUAAACAUGUUGGUGUUGGUUUUGCUCUGGAGCAGCGUUGGUCCUACAGUAACAGAGCUGCAGAAGUCUCCCUGCUUUGUGGAUGACUUGGUUGCAGCGCUGCAUGACGCCACAGGGAAAGAUGGGGAACUUGUAAACAGCAGCUCGACUUUGUUUGGGAUGUGCAAGGAUUCUGAUAACUCAUCCCUAUCAGUCCUGUUAGAACUCAGUGAAGGAAUACGAAGGAACAGCAGAAGAGGUGUGGAGGUUUUGGAUCCGGCUGCAGUGCUUAUAUCAGUGGAAGAUGAUGAAACCAUCAUGGCAACCUUUGACCUCCCUCAGUCCCCGUUUUUCAAGUUGAAACCAGUGCUGGUGUUGGCGUUUGAAAGCCCCCUCCCAGAUGGAGAGAUGGACGUCACUUUCUACAGUACUUCUCUCAGGCCAAACACACAGUCUGCUUGCAUUUCAGGGGGAACGAUGUACAUACUGCUAAAAGGAAAACCAUCUGAAGGAAACGUUGAACAGAAAUGGCAGGUUUCUCUCCAGGCAAAAUCCCCAAAUAUGAAACAAAACCUAAAAGAUGUUCUUAUUGGUGGAAAUACAGGAAGCAGCAUUCGCAUGAUUCCACUUCUGCUUUUUUCCGUAGAAACAGGAAGUGAUCGGAGGUCAAGUGAAUCAGUGGCCUCCUUCCAGACAUCAUCUGCCUCCUUCCUCUGUGAACUGAGGCGCUUCCUAGAUGCUGUCCUGCCUCAGCAACGCACCGAGCCCCCUCUAUUGCCGCUCGGCUCCCUGCAGUCCCUUCCUCCUCUGGCUCUCGGCUUAUCCACCAGCGAGGCCCUGUUGGCGGAAAUCAUUAACUCCUCUGCCCCCACUAUCUUUUCCUUCGCCAGCUGGAGCUCCUGCUUCCCGGUGCGUCCUGGACAGCUGGCCCUCUCCCCUGCUCUGCUGGAGGAGCUUGGGCAGAGGCUGGAGAAGAAUGAGCAGCAGAUAAAGGAGUUGAUACGGCAGGAAGCCAUACCACCCAGAUCAUCAGAGAAGCUGGAGAGACUCAGAGAGCUCAGUGCUUUUCAGAGGCAGGAACCUGCAGCAGAAGGAGAGAGCCAAUACUGCGCCUUCCUCCUCCUAAAGGCCCUGCAGACGGUGACCCAUGCAUACAACAUACAGGGAAAGCUGAGGGCCACCAGAGCAGGCCCUUCCACCAGGGGACCCAUCUGCGGGCUGGGUAGUCUCACAGUGUCCCUCGAACAGCUCCUCUUGGGCCCCCAGAGCGCCAACCUCAACAACUGCCGCGGCUCAUGUGCUUUCCCGUUAUCCAACGGCAACAACCACGCAGUCCUCCUGAACUAUCACAUCGAGAGGGGCAAUGUGAACGAGCGGGGGCCCUGCUGCGUGCCGUUGACCUACGACCCCCUGGAGGUGAUUGACUGGAACGACGAGGGCAGCUUUCUCUCCAUCAAGCCGGAUAUGAUAGCCAAAGAGUGCGGCUGUCGCUAAAAGUUUGUGGCUUUCUGCAUGCAGGGUUUAUACAGUUAUGGUAAAUUCACAUUAUUUAAACAGAUAUGUAUGAUUCUUUCACAUAGAUGUUACAAUGUGCAUGUUUUAUUAUUCUUUCUGUCCUCAUAUGUAUAACAAUUCAAACAUUAAAAUAACCAUGAUCAAAGACAGUCUGUACUUGGUUGUACUUUUUAUUCAGGAAUCCUGUGAAUCCAUCAAAGAAAACAUUUUUUAUGCUUCACUCUUUAGCUUUCGGUUUUAGAAUUACUUUUCUGCCUAUUGGCUUUUUUCUUCUCCGUAUUGCUCCAAGCUCUUCGGAUCCCCACCAACUGGUCACACUGUCCCAUAUGGAAAA